CAAAAUAAUUUUCCUCUAAUAAUACACCAGUUCCAUAUUUGUGAAGUGUUCGAUUUUUAAAAAAGAAGCGAAAGGUCGUAUUUUUUCAACUGUAAAGUAGUUAUCUAAUUUUCGAAUAUUUACUGAUUUUCUUAUUAAUUAUUACUAUACAACUUUUCUCAUUAAAUAUCAGUUUGUGUUCAAGUAGUUAUUAAUGUCCUCGUAAGUUUGAAUCCUUGAAAUACGUCCCUGGGCGUAACCUUCUCGUUUUCGGGUUGAAGGCUGUGCGAAAAUGAUAUUUUUUAAUCCUUACUGAAACGUAGUGUAUAAAUAAUUGGUGAAUAAUGGCUGAAGAGGAAGUUCUUUUCGAUGAUGUGUACGAACUUUGUGAAAUUAUUGGAAAAGGACCAUUUAGUCUUGUUCGACGCUGUGUUCACCGACAGACUGGUCAACAGUUUGCGGUGAAGAUUGUUGAUGUAGCACGGUUCACAGCAAGCCCAGGAUUGAGUACUGCUGACUUGAAACGUGAAGCUACAAUAUGUCACAUGCUAAAGCAUCCUCAUAUUGUGGAGCUGUUAGAGACAUACAGCUCGGAAGGCAUGCUUUACAUGGUCUUUGAAUAUAUGGAUGGAUCUGAUCUCUGCUUUGAAGUUGUGAGAAGAGCAACGGCUGGAUUUGUGUACAGUGAAGCUGUGGCAUGUCAUUACAUGCGUCAAAUACUAGAAGCACUCCGCUACUGUCACGAGAAUGACAUAGUGCAUAGAGAUGUGCGGCCUCACUGUGUGCUCCUCGCUGGUAGAGAUAACUGUGCUCCGGUGAAACUCGGGGGCUUUGGAGUGGCUGCUCAAUUGCCUACGCCCACUGCUCAUAGGGCUCCACCUGAGCUGGUGAUGGACAAUCGGCCCCUAGUGGGUCCCAUGGGCCAAGCCUAUCUCAAAUCAGAUGAGUAUGGUCGCAUUGGCACACCACACUACAUGGCACCAGAAGUGGUGUCGAGCCAGUUGUACGGCAAGCCAGUCGAUGUGUGGGCGGCUGGGAUCCUGUUGCACGUGUUGCUAGUUGGCUAUCUGCCGUUUACUGGCACAAGGGAAAGGCUGUUUGAAGCCAUUUGUCGCGGGAGAUUGCGGUUUGAUGCUCCUCUAUGGGAUGACAUAAGCGAUGCAGCCAAAGACCUUGUUCAGCGUAUGUUGACAGUUGAUCAUACGCAACGAAUCAACAUACAAGAAGUUCUCAACCAUCGAUGGAUAAGAGAUCGCGACAAGCAGAACCGCAUCCACUUAGCUGGUACAGUGGAAGAGCUGAAGAAGUUCAACAGCCGUCGCCGUCUCCGAGCUGCUACUCUUGCUGCUGCGUCUGUUGAAGAUGAGGAGGAGGAGGAACAACCGGCCAGGAAACAGGCUCUGCUGGAAGAGGCUAAUGCUGCAGCGGUGAAUCUGAUAGUUGAAUCUCUGGACGAUGUUGCCGUGUUGCAAGAUGGACCGCUUUUCAUGGAUCCAGAUUUGUUCCAUACUGUUCUUGAUGAUCUGCAGCUUCGCGCUUUAUUAGAGGUGUACGACCGCAUCGCGUGCACGGUGGUGGUGACGAGCGGGCGCGCGCCGGCCGCGGAGGGGCGGGCCCGCGCGCGCGCCGCGCUGGACGCCGCGCGCGCCCGCCCCGCGCCCGCGCCCGCCGGCACCGCGCCGCACACCGCCGCCGCGAUACACGACCUGCGCCGCGUGCUCGCCGCGCCGCACCUCAAGGCACUACUCCAAGCGCACGACGUGGUCGCGCGCGAGGUGUAUGGUGAGGAGUCGCUGCGUGCGUCCCCGCCGCCGGUCAACGGGCGAGCCGCGCAGCCCAGCGCUGAAGACGAGGAGGACACGGAGCCAGAGUUCGAGAACGUGACCAGGGUGCGACUCGUACAGUUCCAGAAGAACACCGAUGAGCCAAUGGGUAUUACCCUCAAAUUGGCGGACGACGGGCGCUGCAUAGUGGCCCGCAUCAUGCACGGCGGCAUGAUACACCGCCAGGCGACACUACACGUGGGAGAUGAGAUCAAGGAGAUCAACGGGACGCCCGUCGCCAACCAGUCGGUGGCGCAGCUGCAAAGGAUGCUGCGUGAAGCCAGAGGUUCUGUUACGUUCAAGAUAGUUCCAUCGUACCGCUCAGCUCCGCCACCUUGCGAGAUCUUCGUGAGAGCGCAAUUUGAUUACGAUCCAUUAGAGGAUGAACUCAUACCGUGCGCUCAAGCUGGAAUAGCUUUCAAUAUUGGCGACAUUCUACAGAUAAUAAGUAAAGACGAUUCCCAUUGGUGGCAAGCUCGUAAGGAUGCCUCUGGUGGUUCAGCCGGUCUCAUACCAAGCCCUGAACUACAGGAAUGGCGCGCGGCUUGUGCUGCCGCUGAAAAAUCUAACACUGACCAAGUUGGAGCUGACGGCUGCGUGUCUCAUACCGACGGAUGUGAGAACACAGUUAACUGCUCGAUAUUUGGACGCAAGAAAAAACAGUCGAAAGACAAAUAUCUCGCGAAACAUAACGCUGUUUUCGAUCAACUCGAUGUUGUGACUUAUGAAGAGGUCGUGAAGUUGCCUUCAUUCCAAAGAAAAACUAUAGUUCUAUUGGGCGCUCACGGCGUCGGUCGUCGACACAUAAAGAACACUCUCAUAGCUCGUCAUCCGGAUUUGUACGCCUACCCGAUACCACAUACAACUCGCCAACCCAGACCCGACGAAGAGAACGGCAGACAUUACUACUUCGUGACGCACGAUGAGAUGAUGGCAGAUAUCGCUGCUAACGAAUAUCUUGAAUACGGCACGCACGAGGACGCAAUGUACGGCACCAAACUGGAAACAAUUCGCCGCAUCCACUCGGAGCGUCGCAUCGCCAUACUGGACGUGGAGCCGCAAGCGCUCAAGAUCCUGCGCACGGCCGAGUUCGCGCCUUACGUCGUGUUCAUAGCUGCACCGCCCCUUAAUAACGUGGCUGAUUACGACGGAUCUCUAGAAGUCCUGGUCCGUGAAUCGGAACAACUCCGCCGCACAUACGGGCACUACUUCGACCUGAACGUCGUCAACAACGAUAUAGACGAUACACUGGCUUCACUGGAAGCAGCCCUAGCGAGGCUCAGGGCUUCGCCCCAGUGGGUGCCCGUCGCGUGGGUGUAUUGACAUACUGAUUGCAUGCUGUAAAAUGAUGUUGAUUGCAUGUAGUAAUGUGAGUGACAUGAAAUUACUACAUAAUGGUCAGAUUCGGGACGGUUUUUUAUGUUUUGGGUCUGUUUUGAGUAGCCAUUUUUAAGGAUACAGACUAUUUUCUCAUCCACCCAUUCACAUUGCAUAACGUAUAUAAAUUCGCCAGUUUUGUGACAGUCAAAGUGUUUAGAUCAAAUCUUGCUACUUUUAAAAGCGAGGGCAAUGCAAUACACUCGCCAUGUUACAAGCGGCGCUAGCGUGAUCCAAGGUGUCCAUGGCGUGGGUAAAUUGACCUUUCAGCUUCAGGGUUGUUUCGGUUAUUGAAGAUGGAUGGAGUCCUAUUGUCUUAAGAAAUCUUACCACUUCAUUGAAAACGUGCACGCAAUUGAGUAUAUUGACACACUGAUGUAAACCCUACUUUAAGUGAAUGUUUUGGGAGAGUUUUAAAUAUUUUUACCCCGAUAGGCACCCGACUAUAUAAUAUUAUUUGUAUAAUAUAAUCAAUAUUACAGACUAUAAUAUGAGUGAUUAUGUCCCGAAUCUGCACUAUUGCUGCCAAUAUGGUCAUGUAAUGGCAUCUUAAGCUACAAAUUUUCUACGGCACUAGCGAAAAAAAAAACAACAAAAAAUACUUAAGAAUUUGUGUCUAAUAUAUAAGGAUAUGGUAUUCACAGUAGAGUUUGUAGAACAUUCAAAACUCAGUGCCGUAGUUCAUUUGAUGCCAAAUUGUUGAAAUGGACUCAAUAAAAUAUUAUUAUUUGUAUUUAUUUUAGGGUACGUUCAUACAUACCAAAGACCUUCGGGACUUCUAAAUUAUUAUUUUUGUUGAUUCCAUUUUGACAAUUAAUAUAAAAAUUAAUACUUAACUUGAAUAUGCUCAAACUUAGAUACUUCGAUCCCAAGAAGGUUAUAUUAUAAUAUAAGAGCACGUAUCAUUUUGGAACACUUUUCUUGGAUAACAGUUAAGGCCUUGGUCAAAAUGAACGGUUUGCGGUUGUAGU